GAAAGCAUUGAAUUCCUGACGAGUGAGCGAACAGUUUUGGCCGAUAGUCUCAAAGAAACCGAAGAAAGCCUUUUCAAAGAGCGCUUGGAUUGGAUCAAAGAGAAGGAGACCUUCGAUAAAGUGAAAGUUUGGUCCAAAAAUGUUUACGAGAAACUCAAAGAGAAGAGUGAGAAAUUGAAAGAAAUGGAAACAACUGUGACUGAAAAAGACACCCAAAUUGAAAAAUUGAUGCAAACAAAUAAAAACAAUGAGAAUUUUGUGCAAAACUCUUCGAAGUUAUUAAACAAAAUUCGUGAGAAAUUCAUAACUCAUAUGAGAAAAAACAAAUCUAUCGAUAACUCUGUGAUUGUUUCAAAACUUUGGCCACAAUUUGAUUCAUCAAAUCUUAUUGAAUGUAAAGACAUUCCUUUCGACGACAGCAUAAUUGAAGAGAUUUUCGGUGGAAAUAAUUGGGAUUCAAAAGAGACGGAAGAAUUAAAGCAUAAAACAAAUGAAAUAAUAAAAGAAAAUGUUUUAUUGAAACGCGGUUUGAAUGAAAAGGAUUUGAUAAUUAGUGAGAAAAACGAG